AUGACUUCCAAUAAAUACUACGAUUCCGAUGAGAUUCCAGAGUUAUCACCCCAUCAUUUGGAAGUUUAUGACGAGGAUCAACCUGAAAAGAACGAACUUAAAAACAAUAGCAUGAUAGAACUAGAGUUAGCUAGGUUGCGCAUAACCCAGUUAGAAAAGGAAAUUGAACUAGAAAAGUUAAGCCUCCAGAAAUGUGAAGGUUCCGGCCAAUUAGUAAGCAACAGUGAGAAUACAAUAUUAAAAAAUCUGUAUUUGCCAAAAAGAGAAGUCUUGAGAUUCGAUGGUACACCGACAAAUUAUUGGAAUUUCAUUAGAAAUUUCGAAGAAUGCAUUGGGAGUGAGAAUAUUGGAUUUAGAGCCAAGCUAAAUUACUUGAUUCAAUAUGGUGACGGAGAAGCGAAAGCCGCUAUCCUUCAUUGUACUAUACUAAAACCAGAGAUAGGUUACCAUCAAGCCCUAAAGCUUUUAGAGGAAAUGGUUUGGCCAAAAACACGUCGUAGCACGCACGUUUAUCGAUAA